CGUUCAGCUCUAACUUCAGCCGCGCUCGCGCGUCACCGCGAGGACUCAAAACUAUUACCAGAACAAGGUAGUUUACUUUACACCAAGCAUAGUUUUAAAUCAAUAGUUGUUAAAGUGAUUGUUUCCUAGCAAUAAUUUGUUUUACAGUUACACUACAAUAUUUAAGCGAUUUUGCAUAAAUGUUUAUUUAUUUAUUUACUUUAAAUUUGUUUAUGGUGGCACUUUGAAGACUGUAACAACUGAGUGUUAUAGCACCGACUCUGGAACCACAUUCUGCAGGAAACCGGGCGCGCAACCCCGCGCACAGGAACCGAGGACAUAUGUUGUCAGGCCCACGCUAUUGUAGUAACACUUCAGUGUUCGUCCAGACAGAGUAGGAAGCCCGAGGUUACCUGUAAACAGUGAACUCAGCGGUCGCUGUUUUCUCACUUCCUGCUUUUUUCAUUCCGCGCUUUUGUGAGUGCUGAGGUGACUCAGCAGGCCUGCAUUCCGCGCGCACUGCUCACUGCCGCACGAGCGUGAGCACGUGAGCACGGGUUUUAAACAGAAUGGCCGCAGCAGAUGUGACGCUGGCGCAGAGCGCUGGCUUUGACAAUGAAGACGACGACGAUGAAGAAAUUCUCAGCCCUGACGACCUGUCCGAGUAUCUAACUGCAGGGACUAAGGAGGCCCAUGACCGAGCUGAAAACUCUCCUUUCGCCAAGGACUUCCUUAGAGGCAGGAUAAAGAGAGAGCUUUUUAAGCUCGGCACAGCUGCUCUCUACUAUGUGUACUCUGCCCUUGAGCAGGAGAUCGAGAGGCACAAAGACCACCCCAUGUUUGCCGCUGUGUAUUUCCCCUCUGAGCUGCACAGACGGGAAGCUCUGGCCGAGGAUCUGGAGUACCUGUACGGGCCAGGCUGGAGGGAGCGGGUCAGCUGUUUGGCGGCAGCCAAGCCCUACGUGGAGCGCAUCCGCUGGGUGGGGCGUCAUGAUCCAGGCCUGCUGGUGGCCCACGCCUGGACCCGCUACAUGGGGGACCUCUCCGGCGGCCAGGUGCUGAAGAGGGUAGCGCAGCGGGCGCUGAAACUGCCGGCGAGCGGCGAGGGGGUCCGGUUCUAUCACUUCGAGGGCAUCCAUAGCCCCACGGCCUUUAAGAGGCUUUACCGCAGCCGGCUGAACGAGCUGGAGGUGGACGUGAGGAUGAAGGAGAGGCUGGUGGCCGAGGCCAACCUGGCUUUCCGAUUCAACCUGGAGGUGUUUGAGGAGCUGCAGGAGACUGGGAAAGGUAUUAAGGAAGAGGUGCAGGACAGCGGUGUACCUGCCCACGGAGACAUGGGAGGAGACAUUAGUAAAUGCCCCUACUAUGCUGCCCAGAUGGCGGUGAGGGGGAAAACAGCUCGUGUGCGUCAGCUGGCCAGGAUGCUGCUCACACAUGCAACAGCCCAGGUGCUCCUGGUGACAUGGGUCGCUGCAGUUGCUGGAUUGGCUGCUUGGUAUAUCAUGUGAUUAAACAUGGGAUGCCAUAGACCAAUGAGAAAUGGGGAAGGACUUAAAAGUAAGUGAUAACCUCAGCUGUUCCACAGAUUUGACCUCUAAGCUUUUAUCCAUACUAUUGUUUAUAUUCACUUUGACAAAUGUACUGAAGUGGUGUGAUUUUUAAAAUUUUUUAAAUAGACGCAAGUGAACGGUGAGAAAGACGGUCAGAGGAAGAGAUCCCCUAGUGACGUUAGUCCAAAACACCCUUUAACGCUGAUCAGACCAGCUGUUACAUCUUAAAAUGAUUACCUGUAGAUUUGAGUAAGGGCGACUGCUUCUUCGAUCUAGAAUUCCACCACAUGCUUGGAUAGAGAAAAGUAUAGCACAACACAUUUCACUCCUGUUCCUGUUGUAAUAAAACUGUUGUCUGCUGUACUAACUGGGUGUAGGUUUCCCGGAAUAUAUCUGCUGACUGUGCUGAGUGUGCAGGUCCAAGGCAGUAAUGGUUUAAGGAAAUCCACAGUUCCCCUCAUAACUGAUGUACUGAGACGAUGCUUUACAGAAGUUCCUUGCUAUGAAGUGGAUAUGGUUUAAUUAACACAUUAAACACCAGUCUGCCAGGAAAGGUGUAGUGGUAUUAGAGUCUGAAUAUGCUUACUAUGAAGUUAUGUGAACUUUCCUACUACCACUGAAAGUAAACGUUAAUUGGGAGUGGUGAUCUUUAAGGGCUAAGAUGUGAUAUUUUUAUGACUGAAGUUCUUUUUUUUUGGUACAGAAAUACAACUUGUUUAUGCCUGUGGCAUGUUCUGCAUUUUGCUGAGGCUGUUAAUCAGGCAGGGUAAUAAAACAUUUAACAAUGAA